UUGAGGAAGAAGGAAAAGUCCUCUCCAAUAAUAGCCAAGCUUACUGGUGAAGGAAACACUUGUUCUCGGUUACAAUAGUGAAGCUUACUUGUGAAGAAAGCUGCUCACAUUACCUCUAGAAGAAAAGCUGGUCAGACGUUGUUAAAAACACGAAAAAGCAAAAUUUUUUCUCCACUGAAAUUCAGAACUUGCCCUGCAUUUCGCCUAACAGAGGCCUUCUCUGCAUAAUGAUUCAGGAACUGACGGUGCCCAGGACAUACUCAAGAUCUCACAGUCUUGCACAUGGGGAAUCAAAGAGUCGCACCUGUUCUUCCGAGAGCAACCGAAGCUUGCGGAGUGUCAGCAGCAAUGUCAGCAGCAGCAGCAGCAGCGCCACAAGUCAGCAAAGCUACAGCAGCGUCGAAACAACAAGUCAGCAGAGCAACAGCGCCAACGUGAACAAAAGCAAAAAGCUGAGCAAGAAACGCAAUACGAUUGACAGCGAUCUGCUUACGUACUUCAUUUGCCGGCGUCCAUGAGAGCGUCUCUCUCU